UCUACCUAUAUCUCUAUGAAUUUUGUUUUGAGAACUUCUGGGUUGGCACGGAAUCUAAUUGCCAGAUCUGGGCUAACCACAAACUUUAUGGGCCAUCCAAUCGGCCCGAAGUAUAAAGUCCGAGUUGCUGCUGCUUCAGAACAACUCAGUGGUUCCCGGCAGCUUACAACCGCUUGUUUGAUCGCCGGAAAAUCACUGAACAUGGCGGGGGCAAAGACCGUGAUCAUAUUCGAUUUUGAUCGGACAGUAAUUGAUGAUGAUAGCGAUAGAUGGGUCGUGGAGAAUAUGGGUCUGACCCAUUUGUUCAACCAGCUCCGUCCAACUUUACCUUGGAAUGCUCUCAUGGAUAGGAUGAUGGAGGAACUACAUUCUCAAGGUAAAACAGUUGAACAGAUAGCUGAAUGUUUGAAGCACGUUCCGUUGCAUCCUCAGACAGUUUCAGCAAUAGAAUCAGCUCAUGCUCUUGGAUGUGACUUAAAAGUACUUAGUGAUGCCAAUUUGUUUUACAUCGACACUAUAUUGAAACAUCACGGAUUAUACAGAUGUUUCUCGGAGAUCAUUACAAACCCAACUAUGGUAGAUGGAGAAGGUAGAUUGAGAAUCUUCCCUUACCAUGAUUUGGCCUCAUUUCAUGGUUGUAAUCUAUGCCCUCCCAACUUGUGCAAGGGUCUUGUUAUUGAGCAGAUCCAAGCUUCCAUGUCUGAGAAAGGGAAAUCAAGAGUCAUAUAUCUUGGAGACGGGAGAGGUGAUUACUGCCCAACCUUGAAGCUUGAUAGAGGAGAUCAUGUGAUGCCAAGGAAGGGCUUUCCGUUGUGGGAUCGCUUGCUAAGUAAUCCAAGUCUUUUGAAAGCAGAUUGUCAUGAAUGGAGCAAUGGGGAAGAACUAGCAAGCAUCCUACUUCAGCUUGUUGAAAAAGUCCGCGAGGAAUAGAACAUAGAAAUUUUUGAUAAAAAGUCUAUUGAAACUGUCAAGGUAUAUCUCUCUUCUGCACCAAUUUCCAAAUGAAUUCUAUUAUUGAGGCCAGCCGGUCUGAUUGUGCACUCAGGACUCACCGAUCAUGUUCAUAGAUUUCUCUCUACUGGUUAAAUGCCAUAUUGUGCUUCAACGUAGCAAUUUGGUAUCCAUUAUUUCAGCUUAA